AUGUCCCAGGCCGCAGGUUUGCUGCGCCUGCAGCCUGGAGGCAGGAUGCCGCCUCCAUCAUUUUCCCUUGAUGCUCAGCUGAGGUUUCAUGACAAAUGGCUAAAGAUAGACUUACAGCGAGCGUUCUCUCCAGAGGGACUGAGUGAGAUGUGGAAUGAAAUGGUCAAAGAUGAAGAAAUAUCAUUCAAUGGAGAAGAAUCGGCGCAUCCCGAAGAUUGCACAGAUUGCUUUGGGACACCAAAGAAAGACGAGCCAAACGAUAAGGAGAAGAAAGAGGAGGAAGAAUCUCCUACUUCAGUCCAUCACUCAAUCAUUGAGACCUGGGACUGGGGACGGCAGCCUGAUGAGACGGAGCUGAAGGAUUGCAUAAUGGUGCUUGUGGACGACCAGCAGAAGCUAUCGGUGCAGAUGGCCAAGAGCACGCUGUCGGCUCAGCGUCUGCGGCAGCGCCUCGUCAUUCUGGAGCGUUACAUCAUCUCCCUGAGCCACAGCAUGAUGAAGGAGAAGUACAAGUUUAGCUGGAAGACUCCGCCCACUCCCCCACCGCCCGCUGCAGACAACAAGGGCCCGCGUCCAGCGAGUAAAGGAGUUGAAGGAUUGGCAAGAGUGGGAUCUCGUGCAGCUCUGUCCUUUGCUUUCGCGUUCCUCCGUCGAGCCUGGAGGUCGGGUGAUGAUGCAGACCUCUGUAUCGAGCUCCUGCAGGAGUCUCUGGACGCUCUUCGUGCUCUUCCUGCAGCCACUCUGUUUGACGAAGGCACCGUCUCCUCCGUGUGGCUGGAGGUGGUGGAGCGGGCCACCAAGUUUCUCAGCGAUCUCCACAGUAACGCUAGCACAAAAGGUAACAUCCCCCUCCAGGACCAGCACCUCGCUCUGGCCAUCCUGCUGGAGCUGGCCGUGCAAAGAGGGACUUUGAGUCAGCUCCUGUCGGCUGUCCUGCUCCUGUUGCGACUCUGGGACAGCGGCACCAGAGAGAUGGACAACGAGCGCUCCACCCAGGGGACCAGUGCCCCUCUGCUCCCCCUGCUCCAGCGCCUCAACAACAUCCAGAGCAGCAAAGAGGAGACCGUCCCAGAGGAGGAGUCCGAGAUCUUGGCUGCACCUCUAAGUCCGAACGAGAGCUUCCUGCGGUACCUGACCUUGCCCCAGGACAAUGACCUGGCCAUAGACCUGCGUCAGACUGCGGUGGUCAUCAUGGCUCACUUGGACCGUCUGGCCGCUCCCUGCAGUCCCCCCAACUGUAACUCCCCCACAUCCCACAAGGGCACAAUGCAGGAGGUAAUCGCCUGGGGUCUCCUGGGCUGGAAGCUGUACGCCAACGUGAAUGGACCGGUCCAGUGUAAGGCUCUGUCCAACCUGGGAGUGGCUCAAAUCGUCUGCUCCGAAAAGUGCUUCCUCAUCCUGGCCAGCACCGGCGCCGUGUACUCCCAGAACUACAAAGGCACCACUCUGGCCCCGAUGCUGCUUCACGCUCUGAGCUCCAGAAAGAUCACGAAGCUCGCAGCGCAUCCAGACGGGCAGCACUUCAUGGCCUUGUCGUCCAGUGGAGAAGUUUUCUCCUGGGGCUGCGGGGACGGAGGCAGACUGGGGCAUGGAGACACCACGUACCUGGAGGAGCCAACCCUGAUCGCAGCCUUCAACGGGAAGCAGGCGGGAAAGCAGGUGGUGCAUGUGGCGUGUGGAAGCACCUACAGCGCCGCGGUCACAGCCGACGGGGAGCUCUUCACCUGGGGCCGAGGCAACUACGGCCGUCUGGGGCACGGCUCCAGCGAAGACCAGACCACUCCGCUGUUGGUGACCGCCCUGAAGGGACUGAAGGUGGUAGAUGUGGCGUGUGGCAGUGGAGAUGCCCAGACUCUCGCUGUGACAGAAAAUGGUCAGGUUUGGUCGUGGGGCGAUGGGGACUACGGGAAGCUGGGCAGAGGAGGCAGUGACGGCUGCAAGACUCCGAAGCUGGUGGAGAAGCUGCAGGAUCUGGACAUUGUGAAAGUCUGCUGCGGGAGCCAGUUCUCUGUGGCUCUGACCAAAGAAGGACAGGUUUACACUUGGGGGAAAGGAGACAACCAGCGCCUCGGACACGGCACAGAUGAGCAUGUGCGGUACCCCAAGUUCCUUGAUAGUUUACAGGGGAAAAAGGUGGUUGAUAUUGCUGUGGGUUCAAUGCACUGCCUGGCCCUCACUGAAGACGGUGAUGUCCUCAGUUGGGGCAGUAACGACAAACUACAGCACUUUGAUACACUUUCCAACAAGAAACAGCCCAAAGCUUUACCCGGGCUAAACUCCAAACACAUCAUGGGCAUCUCCUGUGGUCCUGGACAGAGUUUUGCCUGGUCGUCCUGCUCGGAGUGGUCCGUGGGGCUGCGGAUCCCCUUUGUGGUGGAUGUUUGUCCUGUGACAUUUGAGCAGCUGGAUUUGCUGCUCCGGCAGGUCAGCGAGGGGAUGGACGGCAGCUCGGACUGGCCUCCUCCUCAAGAGACUGAGUGUAUGGUGGUGGCCACACUCAAUCUGCUCCGGCUGCAGCUCCAUGCAGCCAUCAGUAACCAGGUGGAACCAGAGGAGCUGGGGCUGGGACUGGGCAGCACUCUUCUCAAUAACCUGAAGCAGACGGUGGUGGUUUUGGCGAGUAACGCGGGAGUCCUCAACACGGUCCAGGCCGCGGCUCAGGCUGUGCUCCAGAGCGGCUGGUCGGUGCUGCUGCCCACUGCAGAGGAGAGGGCCAGGGCCUUAUCCUCGCUCCUGCCUAAUGCUGCCUCUGGUAACGAGAUGAGUGUGAGUCCGGGGCGCAGGUUCAUGAUCGACCUGUUGGUGAGCAGCCUGAUGGCGGACGGCGGUUUGGAGUCUGCGCUGAACGCCGCCAUCACAGCCGAGAUACAGGACAUAGAAGCGAAAAAGGAGGCGCAGAAGGAAAAGGAGAUCGACGAACAAGAGGCCAACGCUUCCUCUAUGCAUCGCUGUCGCACCAUGUUGGACAAAGAUCUCAUCAACACUGGGAUCUACGAGUCUGCAGGGAAACAGAGCCUGCCUUUAGUGCAGCUCGUACAGCAGCUGUUGAGGAACAUUGCUUCUCAAACAAUUGCGAGGCUUAAAGACGUUGCUCGCCGUAUUUCCAACUACAUGGAAGCAGAGCAAGUGAGCAAAGAACGGUCCGCGUCUUUAGACCUGCUGCUGCGAUUUCAAAGGCUUCUGGUCAGCAAUCUGUGCCUCGGGGUCAACGAUUCUGACAACGUGAAUGGAUACAGUCCAGAGCUUUUGGGAGUUGGUUCCCUGUUGAAGAAGUACAUCGCUCUUCUGUGCACACACAUUGGAGACAUACUCCCAGUUGCUACAAGUAUCGCCUCCACUGGACGCAGACACUUCGCUGAGGUUUCUCGAGUCAUUGAAGGAGAUCUAACGGGAGUUCUCUUGCCUGAGUUGGUGGUCUCCAUCAUCUUCCUCCUGACCAUCGAUGCAGGGCUGAUGCAAGAGACUGGCUCAAUACCGCUCUUAGCUGGACUUCUGGAGCAUCUUGACCGCUUCAAUCAUUUAGCCCCUGGACAUGAAAGAGACGACAACGAGGAUCUGGCCUGGCCUGGCAUUAUGGGGUGUUUCUUCACUGGACAGAGCUCUAAGAACAAUGAAGAAGUGUCUCUCAUACGGAAAGCUGACCUGGAAAACCACAACAAAGACGGCGGCUUUUGGACAGUUAUCGAUGGAAAAGUGUACGACAUCAAGGACUUCCAGGCUCAGUCACAGUCGCUGAGCGGGAACAGUAUUUUAGCCCAGUUUGCAGGAGAGGACCCUGUGGUGGCUUUGGAGACAGCUUUGCAGUUUGAAGACACAAGAGAGUCUAUGCAGGCCUUCUGUGUCGGCCAUUAUAUGGAGCCUAACCAGGAGACCAUAACCACCCCUGACCUCAGCAGUCUGUCCUCUCCGCUCAUCGACACAGAGAGGAACCUGGGUCUCCUCCUGGGUCUUCAUGCCUCAUACUUGGCCAAGAGCACUCCUCUGUCUCCUAUGGAAAUCGAAUGUGCCACAUGGCUCCAGUCCUCCAUAUUCUCCGGGGGGCUCCAGACCAGUCAGAUCCACUACAACUACAACGAAGAGAAGGAUGAAGACCACUGCAGCUCUCUGGGAACCACGACUCCAGAUAAAGCUAAACUCUACUCCCGCAGGAUUACCCUCAGUGACCACGCCCAGCCCUUUCUGCAGGCAAUAGCUGACAACAACACUCAGGACCACUCCGUCAAGGACUUUCUGUGCCAAAUAGAGCGAUGUUGUAAGCAGUACCACCUGAUCACGCCCAUCACGUUCCCUCCAGAGCAUCCAGUGGAGGAGGUGGGCCGACUGCUGCUCUGCUGUCUGCUCAAGCAUCAGGAUCUGGGCCACGUUGCUCUCUCGCUCGUCAGUCAAUGUGCCUUGGGUGUGGACCAGGGGAAGCAAAGGUCUCUCCCCAAGUCUGUGAUAGAAGUGUGUCGUAUGGUUUAUCAAGCCAAGUGCUCUCUAAUCAAGACGCAUCAGGAACAGGGCCGCUCUUAUAAGGAAGUUUGUGCUCCGGUGAUCGAGAGACUCCGGUUUCUUUUCAAUGAGCUCCGUCCUGCCGUGAGCAACGACCUCUCCAUCGUCUCUAAACUCAAGCUGCUGAGCUCCCAGCCGCGGUGGAGGAGAAUUGCACAGAAGCUCAUCCGAGACCGGCGGAAAAAGAGAGUGCCUAAAAAGUCAGAAUCCGCUGACAUUGAAGAACCAAAGAUGGAAAAUGAGGGGACCAAUGAGGAGGAAGUAAACGUCAAUCUGAAUCCUCCCCCAGCCGACAGGAAAUCUCCCAGUAGCAAGACCGCUAAGCAGGACAAAUGGCAGCCGCUUCUCAACACUGUGGCUAACGUGCAGAAAUACCGCUGGAUCAAACACAACGUCCACGGCUUCUGUUCUCAGUCCAGUCUGAUGGGCACAAUCGUGGAGUUCGCCCUGAAAGAAGAACCACUGGAUGUAGAGAAAAUGAGGAAAUGUCUUCUCAAGCAGUUGGAGAGAGCCGAGGUGAGACUUGAAGGCAUUGACACCAUGUUAAAGUUGGCGUCCAAAAGCUUUCUGCUGCCUUCUGUCCAAUAUGCAAUGCUCUGUGGCUGGCAAAGGCUCAUCCCUGAAAAGAACAACAUUGGGGAGCCUUUGUUUGAUUGCCUGAAAGAUGUGGAUCUGAUCCCCCCGUUCAACCGCAUGCUUUUGGAAGUCACCUUUGGAAAGCUGUAUUCUUGGGCCAUUCAAAACGUUCGCAACAUCCUCCUGGAAGCCAGUGCUCGAUUCAAGGAACAUGGGGUGCAGCCUGUUCCUCUGCAGACCAUCACUAAUGAAAACCCGGCAGGACCCAGUCUGGGAACUAUCCCUCAGGCUCGGUUCCUCCUCGCUAUGAUCCACAUGCUGUCGCUCAAACACGGCUCCAACAGCCUCAGUCUGCUGCUGAAUUCAGGGGUCCUGGCUUUGACUCAGAGCAUUCUCAGACUCAUCGGCCCCAGCACCGACAGCAGUGAAGAGGACCUGAAUCUGUGUGCACACGGAGGUUCAGCCACAGUUUUGGAGGAGUCCAGGAAGGAGAGCACCCCCACGCCUUUGCCUGCGUCUGGGCCGGAGCUGGCUGCCAUGAUGAAGAUUGGCACCAGGGUCAUGAGGGGAGUAGACUGGAAGUGGGGGGACCAGGACGGGCCAGCUCCAGGCAUGGGCCGGGUUAUCGGGGAGCUGGGAGAGGACGGUUGGAUCAGAGUACAGUGGGACACCAGCAGCACCAACUCUUACAGAAUGGGCAAAGAGGGAAAGUACGACCUGAAACUCGCCGAACCACCUCCAGCCACUCAGCCCCCUGCAGAGGACUCGGACACAGAGGACGACGUGGACGUAGAGAUGAUAGAGAAGAGCUCUCACCCCACGGCCAUGAUGCUGACGAGCACUGUGAACCUGCUGAAGAUGCUGUCGCUGUCGGCUGGAGUCCACGCCGAGGUCCUGCAGACUGACGCCACACGGACCCUCUGUGGACUCCUGCGCUCGCUGGUUGAGAGCGGAGCCAACGAUAAAUCAGGCUGCCACUCGCACAGACUGGUGUCCCGGGAGCAGCACAGGAGCUGGUGCACUCUGGGCUUCAUCCGCUCCAUCGCCCUCAUGCCCCAGAUGUGCAGCAACCUCAGCACCUCUGCCUGGAUCAGCCUCCUCAUCCGCAUUGUGGAGGGACACCAUUCCUUCAACGCUGUCACACUUCAACGACAGAUUCUGGCGUUGCGACUUCUGCAGGCGGUUUUACCCUCGUGGGACAAGAUGGAGCGUUCUCAGGACAUGAAGUUCCUGGUGGAGAAAUUGUUUAAUUUUCUGGGAAGCCUCCUGAGCACCUGUUCUUCAGACCUGCCGCUGCUCAGAGAUGGGUCUCUUCGGAGGAGGAAGUCCCGCCCCCAGGCCUCUCUGACCGCUACUCACAGCAGCACUCUGGCUGAGGAGAUCGUCGCUGUCUUACGCACGCUGCACUCUCUCAACCAAUGGAACGGCCUCAUCAACGAGUACAUUAACAACCAGCUCAGCGCCAUCGGAGAUGUGAUGGUGGGCUGCCAGUCCGAAGCCUGUUUCCUGGAGGAGUUCUUCCCGGAAUCGGAGGGUCCCAGAGUGGGCAGUUUGAUGGCAGUUCUCUCUGUGAUCGGGGGAAUAGACGGUAGACUGAGACUCGGAGGUCAGGUGGUGCAUGAAGAGUACGGAGAGGGCACAGUCACCAGAAUCACCCCGAAAGGACGAAUCACUGUUCAGUUCCAUGAGAUGAGAACCUGCCGGGUCUGUCUGCUGAGCCACCUCAAACCGUUACCCGCUGUAGCAUUCAGUGCCCAUAACCUUCCAUUCACUGACCCCAUGUUGUCGGUGUGGGCACAACUGGUCAGUCUGGCUGGAAGCAAGAUGGAGAAGCAACAGAUGAAGAAGUCCUUGAGUCGAGGCCUCAGUGCUGACCAGGUGGACAUCCAUUUGCUCCGUUGCCAGCAGCUCAGACUGUACAUUUUAAAAGCAGGACGAGCUUUACUCUCUCACCAGGACAAACUCAGACAGAUCCUCUCUCAGUCUGCGGUGGUGGACCUGGGACCAAAUCCAACUGAGGAUCCAGUGGUGUCCUCUCCUGAUGUUGGGGACCUGUCUCCUGAAGGACCUCUUCCUCCAAUGAUUCUGCUUCAACAGCUUCUGUCUGCAGCCACUCAGCCCUCCCCCAUCAAGGCCAUCUUUGACAGACAUGAGAUGGAGGCUGCUGCGCUGGCCGUGUGUCAGUUCUUGGCGGUGGAGUCAACACAUCCAUCGUCUCCUCUGUUUGAAGAGAGCAGUUCCAGCGAGGCCACCACUCCUGUCACCAUCCAACACGUCAGACCUCCAAAGCAGAAGAAGCAGAAGACCUCUCCUGUGCCGCCUCUGCCUAUCGUUGUGCAGCUCAUGGAGAUGGGGUUCCCUCGCAAGAACGUGGAAUUUGCCCUGAAGUCUCUAUCAGGAACUACGGGCAGCGCAUCAGGAAUACCAGGUGUUGAGGCUUUGGUGAGCUGGCUGCUGGACCACCCAGACAUCCAGGUGACCGAGUUAUCAGACGCAGAGACCGUGUCGGACGAAUUCUCUGAUGAAGAAGUGAUGGAGGAGCUGGAGGAGAGCGAGCCGGCGUAUACAGUGCCUCCUGGAGCAGUUGUCACCGAAAGCCAGACCUUCAAGAAGAGAUCGGAUUUUCAAAGCAACGACGACUACGCUGUUUAUGUCCGUGAGAACAUCCAGGUCGGGAUGAUGGUAAAAUGCUGCAGAACGUACGAGGAGGUGUACGAUGGCGACAUGGGGAAAGUCAUAAAGCUGGACAGAGAUGGACUCCACGACCUGAACGUACAGUGUGACUGGCAGCAGAAAGGAGGCACUUACUGGGUUCGCUACAUCCAUAUCGAGCUCCUUGGAUUCCCCCCUCAGAGUUCACCCUCUCACAUUAGAAUCGGGGACAAGGUGCGAGUGAAGCCCACAGUGACCACGCCCAAAUACAAAUGGGGAUCAGUGACGCAUCGCAGUGUUGGGGUUGUUAAAGCAUUCAGCGCUAAUGGAAAGGACGUGAUCGUUGACUUCCCUCAACAAUCGCACUGGACCGGCCUCCUGUCCGAGAUGGAGCUCGUACCCAGCGUUCAUCUGGGAGUGAGGUGUGACGGAUGCCAGAUGUUCCCAAUAAACGGCCCCAGAUUCAAAUGUAGAAAUUGUGAUGAUUUUGAUUUCUGCGAAAGCUGCUUCAAAACUCGCAAACACAACACCAGGCAUUCCUUCGGUCGAAUUAAUGAACGCGGCCAAUCUCCAGCAUUCUGUGGUCGCUCGGGAAAACAGCUGAAAAAGCAUCACAACAUGCAGCGUGGGAUGUUGAUUGACGACUGGUCUCGAGCCGUGAAGAACCUGACCGUCUCGUCUUCUGUGAACCAGGCUUCGCGCCUCAUCGACUGCAGCGACCAGUGCUGGCAGUCCUCCGGCUCUCAGGGGAAGCACUGGAUUCGCCUGGAGCUGUUCCCAGACGUCCUGGUUCACCGACUGAAGAUGCUCGUGGAUCCAGCCGACAGCAGCUACAUGCCGUCACUCGUGGUGGUCUCAGGCGGAAGCUCUUUGAACAACUUAAUCGAACUGAAGACAAUAAACAUCAAUCCCACAGACACUAACGUCCUUCUGCUGGUCGACUGUACGGAGUUUCACAGAUACAUCGAGGUCGCCAUAAAGCAGUGCCGCAGCGCAGGCAUCGACUGUAAGAUUCACGGCCUCAGUAUCGUGGGACGCAUCCGAGCAGAAGACGAGGAUCUGGCAACCGUCCCCUUCCUCGCCUCCGACAACGAAGAGGAAGACGAGGAGAAGACUGCCACCGGGAGCCUCGCGCGGAAAAAGUCAUCGGGAUUGGAGUCUGCGGCAACGAUCCGGACCAAAGUGUUUGUGUGGGGUCUGAACGACAAAGACCAGCUGGGAGGACUCAAAGGCUCCAAGAUCAAAGUACCCUCGUUUUCUGAAACUCUCUCUGCUCUGAAUGUGGUGCAAGUGGCUGGAGGCUCCAAAAGUCUGUUUGCAGUGACGGUGGAGGGUAAGAUUUACGCCUGUGGAGAAGCCACCAACGGCAGGUUGGGAUUGGGCCUGUCCAGCGGAACCAUCCCGAUCCCACGUCAGAUCACAGCUCUGAGUAACUACGUGGUGAAGAAGGUGGCGGUGCACUCCGGCGGCCGCCACGCCAUGGCCCUGACCGUGGACGGAAAGGUGUUCUCCUGGGGCGAAGGGGACGACGGAAAACUGGGACAUUUCAGCAGAAUGAACUGUGACAAGCCACGGCUGAUCGAGGCUCUAAAAACCAAACGCAUUCGGGACAUUGCGUGUGGCAGCUCGCACAGUGCAGCCAUCACCUCGAGCGGAGAGCUUUACUGCUGGGGUCUGGGGGAGUACGGCCGCCUCGGACACGGGGACAACACCACACAACUGAGACCCAAACUGGUGAAGGUGCUACUGGGACACCGUGUGAUCCAGGUCGCCUGUGGAAGCCGGGACGCUCAGACUCUUGCAUUAACUGACGAAGGGCUGGUGUUCUCGUGGGGGGACGGUGACUUUGGGAAGCUCGGCCGCGGAGGCAGUGAAGGCUGUAACAUCCCACAGAACAUCGAGCGGCUGAACGGACAGGCCGUCUGCCAGAUCGAAUGUGGUGCCCAGUUCUCCCUCGCUCUCACCAAGUCUGGGGUGGUGUGGACAUGGGGCAAAGGAGAUUAUUUCCGCUUGGGCCACGGCACCGAUGUCCAUGUGAGGAAGCCGCAGAUGGUGGAGGGGCUCAGAGGGAAGAAGAUCGUCCAUGUGGCUGUCGGAGCUCUGCACUGUCUGGCCGUCACAGAGACCGGACAGGUGUAUGCGUGGGGAGACAAUGACCACGGGCAGCAGGGCAACGGUACCACUACAGUGAACAGGAAGCCCACUCUUGUGCAGGGCCUGGAGGGACAGAAGAUCACCCGCGUGGCCUGUGGCUCCUCCCACAGCGUGGCCUGGACCACUGUGGACGUCACCACGCCUUCAGUCCACGAACCCGUCCUCUUCCAGACCGCCAGGGACUCUCUGGGAGCCUCCUAUUUAGGUGUCCAGGCCGAUAGUGACCCGUCCGCUGUGAGCAACAAGCUGAACGGUCAGAGCACCUCGAAGCCGAGCCGACCGUCUCUGGCCAAAAUCCUCCUGAGCCUCGAUGGAAAACUGGCCAAACAGCAGGCGCUCACACACGUGCUGUCCGCGCUGCAGAUCAUGUAUGCCAGGGAUGCCGUGGUGGGUGCUCUGAUGCCAGCCAGUAUGAUCCUGCCCGCCGAGUGUCCUUCCAGCUCCCCCAUCCCCCCCCUGGACUCCUACGCCUCCUCCACCGUGAGCGACGACGAGGCCUCCCCUGUCCCACCAGAGACCGAGGACCGUGUCAGCCCAAACCCAUGGCAGGACAAGAAAGGAGAGGCUGCUUCUUCUGAGGACGCACUGACGCCGUCUUCAGCUGUGACGCCCUCGGCCUCCGGAGGCUCCUCUCGCCCUUUCAUUCCGGUCACUGACGACCCGGGAGCAGCUAGCAUCAUCGCCGAGACCAUGACCAAGACCAAAGAGGAUUCAGAAAGCCAGAACAAAGUGGUGGGUCCGGAGCCGCAGUACCUGGAUGAGUUCACCAGUUUGCUUGUUCCUGACGAUACCCGAGUCUUGGUGGAUCUCCUCAAACUGGCCGUGUCCUUUCGCUCCGGUGAGAAAGGAAAAGAGGUGCUGUCCGCGGUGUUGUCUGGGAUGGGAACAGCAUAUCCACAGGUUGCAGACAUGCUUUUGGAGCUGUGUGUGACUGAGUUGGAGGAUGUAGCCACAGAUUCUCAGAGCGGGCGUCUGUCGUCUCAGCCUGUGGUGGUGGAGAGCAGUCAUCCUUACACCGAUGACACGUCCACCAGCGGCACCGUGAAGAUCCCAGCAGGAGCUGAGGGUCUGAGGAUAGAGUUCGAUCGACAGUGUUCCACAGAGAGGCGCCACGACCCUCUCACGGUCAUGGACGGAGCCAACAGAAUUGUGUCUGUGCGCUCAGGCCGGGAAUGGUCAGACUGGUCGAGCGAGUUGAGGAUUCCUGGAGAUGAACUGAAAUGGAAGUUCACUAGUGAUGGAUCAGUGAACGGAUGGGGCUGGAGGUUCACCGUCUAUCCCAUCAUGCCUGUCGCUGGUCCCAAAGACUUGCUGUCAGAUCGCUGCAUCCUGUCCUGCCCCUCCAUGGACCUGGUCACCUGCCUCCUGGAUUUCAGACUCAACUUCGCCUCAAAUCGCAGCAUUGUCCCACGUCUCGCCGCGUCCCUCGCUGCCUGUGCUCAGCUUAGUGCACUCGCUGCAGGACACCGGAUGUGGGCUUUACAGAGGCUCCGGAAGCUUCUCACAACAGAAUAUGGCCAGUCCAUUAACAUCAACAGGCUUCUGGGAGACAGUGAGGGAGAGACUCGACCCAUGAGUUUCACCGGCAGUGCACUGGCGGCUUUGGUGAAGGGACUUCCUGAGGCGCUGCAGAGACAAUACGAAUACGAGGACCCAGUUGUCAGAGGGGGGAAACAGCUUCUACACAGUCCAUUCUUUAAGGUGCUGGUUGCUCUCGCCUGUGACCUGGAGCUGGACACUCUGCCCUGCUGUGCCGAGACCCAUAAGUGGGCCUGGUUUCGCCGCUACUGCACUGCGUCCCGAGUGUCUAUAGCGUUAGACAAGAGAACCAACUUACCGAGACCCUUCCUAGAUGAGGUGACGAAGAAGGUGCGUGAGCUGAUGGCCGACCACGAGAGCAUGAACCACCUGCACGAGAGCCACGACCUGUUCAAGCGCGAGCAUGACGAGCAGCUGGUGCAGUGGAUGAACCGUCGCCCGGACGACUGGACGCUGUCUGCAGGCGGCAGCGGCACCAUCUACGGCUGGGGACACAACCACCGCGGGCAGCUCGGGGGCAUCGAGGGCGCCAAGGUCAAGGUGCCCACGCCCACAGAGGCCCUGGCCACACUGAGGCCUGUCCAGCUGAUCGGAGGAGAGCAGACGCUAUUCGCCGUCACUGCCGACGGAAAGCUGUAUGCGACUGGAUACGGAGCGGGCGGCAGACUUGGCAUCGGUGGGACAGAGUCGGUGUCCACGCCCACUCUGCUGGAGUCCAUCCAACACGUGUUCAUCCGCAAAGUGGCCGUGAACUCUGGAGGGAAGCACUGCCUCGCCCUGUCCUCAGAGGGAGAGGUGUACUCAUGGGGAGAGGCCGAGGACGGGAAACUGGGUCACGGGAACAGGAGCCCGUGUGAUCGUCCACGUGUGAUCGAGUCCCUGCGGGGGGUGGAGGUGGUGGACAUUGCAGCUGGAGGGGCACACAGCGCUUGUAUCACGACCAGCGGAGAGCUCUUUACUUGGGGCAAAGGACGCUAUGGACGACUGGGUCAUGGAGACAGUGAGGACCAGCUCAAACCUAAACUGGUGGAUGCCCUGCAGGGACACCGUGUGAUCGAUGUGGCCUGUGGUAGUGGAGACGCUCAGACUCUGUGUCUCACAGACGACGACAUGGUCUGGUCAUGGGGAGACGGAGACUACGGUAAACUGGGGCGCGGAGGCAGCGACGGCUGCAAAGUCCCCAUGAAGAUCGACUCUCUCACUGGUCUCGGAGUGGUGAAAGUGGAAUGUGGAUCCCAGUUUUCUGUGGCUCUGACCAAGUCUGGCUCAGUUUACACUUGGGGCAAAGGAGAUUACCACCGUCUGGGCCACGGUUCAGACGACCAUGUGCGGCGCCCGCGGCAGGUCCAGGGGCUGCAGGGGAAGAAGGUCAUCGCCAUCGCCACGGGCUCGCUGCACUGCGUCUGCUGUACAGAGGAUGCAGGAGAGGUGUACACAUGGGGAGACAAUGACGAGGGCCAACUCGGAGACGGAACCACCAAUGCCAUCCAGAGGCCGCGCCUGGUCGCUGCGCUCCAGGGCAAGAAGAUCAACAGAGUGGCCUGUGGCUCCGCCCACACUCUGGCCUGGUCCACCAGUAAACCCACCAACGCUGGGAAACUCCCGGCUCAGGUUCCUAUGGAGUACAACCACCUGCAGGAGAUCCCCAUCAUGGCCCUGAGGAACCGGCUACUGCUGCUGCACCAUAUCUCUGAGCUCUUCUGCCCCUGUAUCCCCAUGUUCGACCUGGAGGGCCGGCUUGGCCAGACGGGACAGGGGCUCAGUGUGGGGGUGGACACCCUCAGGGGGAUCCUGAUCUCUCAGGGCAAAGAAGCAGCUUUCAGGAAAGUGGUUCAAGCUACAAUGGUGCGAGAUCGACAGCACGGCCCUGUGGUGGAGCUCAACAGGAUACAGGUGAAGCGUUCUCGUAGCAAAGGGGGUCUGGCAGGUCCAGACGGCACCAAGUCUGUGUUUGGUCAGAUGUGUUCAAAGAUGAGCUCCUUCAGCCCUGACAGCCUGCUGCUCCCCCACAGAGUCUGGAAGGUCAAGUUUGUGGGGGAGUCUGUGGACGACUGUGGUGGAGGCUACAGUGAGUCCAUCGCAGAGAUGUGUGAGGAGCUGCAGAAUGCCCUGACGCCGCUGCUCAUCGUCACCCCGAAUGGACGCGACGAGUCCGGCGCCAACAGAGACUGUUUCCUGUUGAAUCCUGCGGCCAAGUCCCCGCUGCACAUGAGCAUGUUCCGCUUCCUAGGGGUGCUGCUGGGCAUCGCCAUCCGCACUGGGAGCCCUCUGAGUCUGAAUCUGGCCGAGCCGGUGUGGAAGCAGCUGGCAGGCAUGAACUUGACCAUCGCUGACCUCAGUGAGGUUGAUAAAGACUUUAUUCCUGGCCUGAUGUACAUUCGGGACAAUGAAGCUACGGCGGAGGAGUUCGAGGCGAUGACCUUGCCCUUCACGGUCCCCAAUGCCAGCGGUCAGGACAUCCAGCUCAGCUCCAAACACUCACACAUCACUCUGGAAAACCGUGCUGAAUAUGUCCGCCUGGCCAUUAACUACAGGCUUCAUGAGUUUGAUGAGCAGGUGUCGGCAGUCCGCGAGGGAAUGGCUCGUGUGGUUCCGGUCCCUCUGCUCUCUCUCUUCACCGGUUAUGAGCUGGAGACGAUGGUGUGUGGCAGUCCGGACAUCCCUCUUCACCUGCUGAAGUCCGUGGCCACGUACAAAGGGGUGGAGCCCACGGCGCCGCUGAUCCAGUGGUUCUGGGACGUGAUGGAGUCCUUCUCCAACACUGAACGAUCCCUGUUCCUGCGCUUCGUGUGGGGACGCACUCGCCUGCCGCGCACCAUCGCAGACUUCAGGGGGCGGGACUUUGUUGUACAGGUGCUGGACAAGUACAACCCUCCUGACCACUUCCUGCCAGAGUCCUACACCUGCUUCUUCCUGCUGAAGCUGCCGCGGUACUCGUGCCGACAGGUGCUGGAGGAGAAACUCAAGUACGCCAUCCACUUCUGCAAAUCCAUCGACACGGACGACUACGCUCGCAUCGCGCUCUCCGGAGAGCAGGCCGCCGACGACAGCAGCGAGGACUCCGAUAAUGAAGACGCAGAUUCUUUCGCCUCGGACUCAACGCAGGACUAUCUGACCGGACACUGA